ACAUCGCUGUCCCUGAUAAGAUCCCUUUAUUUACAAAGAGUUGCGUAUUGAUAAUAGUAAACAAUUUAUUUUUCCACUUUGCUCGACGUUAUUUAAACAAUUUAAAAUACUUGCAGUAGCUAUUUUUUUAUGUAAUUAGUAGUUGUUCAAUACAUAAAUCAUGUAGUUUUCUGGUUUACCUGUAAUAUACAUAUGUAUACACCCAAGUGCUAAAGUUAAACUUCUGGCUUUUUACCUGAAAAUAUUUCCAACAGAUAAAUCAAAUACAUAAUUGUUAAUUAAAGCGAGUUCGAAGUUUAAGCUCAAAUUUUCAACGAAAAAAUGACACCAACUACCGAGGCCCCCAUUGCCGCCGGUAACAGCAGCAUUCGAAACAAAGAACGCGACAAUGCGCUCAUCAUCCAGCAGAGCAACAAGUGUUAUGAGCAUAGAGAAUUACAAGCGACGGCUAUGUCUGUAGACUAUACAGGACAAUGGGUUUUGUUGGCUGGACGCCGACAUUUGGCACUGCAGCGGCUGGGUCAGGAUGAUGGUACUUUACGAGAAUUUCAAAGAAACUCAAAAUAUGAAGUGUCUGCUGCUGAAUUUGCAACGCUACCCGAUCGAAAGGAAUAUUGUGCGAUUGCGACAAGUGAGCACAUCGACGUUGUUACAUGGGGUGCGUCAGAUAUGCAGCAUUAUCAUUCACUGCGCGGUCAUACACGCAUGGUGACGGACAUUGAUUGGCAUAGUAAAAAUAGUAAUCUGCUGGUGAGCUGUUCAAUUGAUACAUUUUCACAUAUUUGGGAUUUGCGUGAUCCACGCAAGCCAACAUUAUCGUUAAGUGCUGUGUGCAUGUCCGGAGCUACACAAGUGGGUUUCAAUCGCGUUUCAGGGCAUUUGCUUGCGGCAGCACAUGACGGUGAUCUUCGCAUAUGGGAUAUGCGCAAAGGUUCUUGUCCUGUACAUUAUAUCACAGCACAUCUGAAUAGAGUGCAUGGCAUCAAUUGGAGUCAUCUACGUGAAACUUGUUUAGCGACCGCCAGUCAAGAUGGCACUGUGAAGUAUUUUGAUGUUAAUAAUCCAAGGCGCGCGGAAAAAAUUAUAACCAUGCAAUCACCUGUAUGGCGCGCACGCUAUACUCCCAUUGGCAAUGGUCUGGUUAGUAUUGUUGUGCCUGCUAUGGGGCGCGGAGAGAAUAGCUUGCUCUUAUGGAGUAAUAACAAGCAAACAGAUCCCGUUUGCUCCUUUGUUGGACACACGGAUGUAAUACUUGAUUUCGAAUGGCGUCCAAACCGUGAAAAUACAUCGGAGAUUGAACUCGUCACAUGGUCUCGUGAUCGUAGUCUGCGUGUGUGGAAAAUUAAUGAUAUGAUGCUUAAGCUCUGUGAACCAGACAUCGAGACUAAAGAAAUAUGCGAUACACCAGACUCCUUUCCGGCGACGCCCACGAAAUUUCAACCAAUGCACUCGUCCUCCGUAUAUCAACCCACAUUGAGUGUAACGCGUCCCGGUGCUGCUUCGUUGCCCACAGAAAGCUCUGACUGUCUAACAAUACCGACGCUCUCGCGUUCACCACCACCGCCCAUGCGUAAAGAGGAAACACAUAUCGCACGUUCGCUGACAGAUCAACCAACUUGUUCUUUACAUCAUGAAUUUUCGUUAUUAAAUCGUAAUAUGCCACACGUUGAGGUGGAUGUAUUGGAUGCGAUUAAACGUUUUGCCGUCUUUAAGAUCUCCGCCGGUGGGCAUGUGGUGGUAUUGCAGACUAUCUUCCCUACCGAGUAUCCGAGUCCGAAUAUCGGUCCUGAGUUUUCUUUUUGCGAAGGCACCACGCUCCACGAACAACUUUCGGCCAUAUUGCUGAAGACCCUCAGAACGAAUGCUAUGCAACGCGUUAAAAAGUCACGUACAUGUGUGGAGCAAUGUCUGCGUUCACUGGUGGCAGCCAUGAAAAAGUCUGUUGGCGGCGUCACUGACAAAUCUCAGCUACGCUUACAAUCACCACGUCUAGAGGGCGCCUUGAGUGGUGCUCUCCAUGAUGCCUGUAUACCCUAUCCACGCACUUCAGGAGUUAAAUUCAAUACAACCGGUUUAUUGGUUGCCUUCGCGCAAGCGCAGUGCUCCAAACGGUUAACCUUACGUCAUCAGAACACCACGCCACGCACUUUCUCAGCCAUUAGCGGUGGUGUAUUAUUGGGCAAUGUCCUCUAUACACAUCGCGAUUCAAAUGCCUCCUUUUAUUUGCAAGAUCGUAUGAGCGGUAAACAUGCGAAAAACCGCUCAAUGCAAAAACAAGCAAAUGCCACGCCCAUUGUGCAUAUAUAUGAAGCUUGCAAGUUGUUAAAUAUCAAUUGUGAAAUGGCUAAGGAAUUUUCGUUGGAUAAACGUAAUUUGCGCACAACAUGUCGCCGCAAUCGGCAGGUGUGCGAAACAUAUGGCCGUUAUGAUCUCGUACCGAUUUGGACGCUCGCCGAGUUGAUAGCCAAACCAAAUAUACCGAAUGAAAGCAAGUACGAAUCGUUAUUCUACAAAGAUCCAUUCAAGAAAUUCUUGCUUGAGGCCUUAAUCAUGCAUUUCGCUGUUGCUGGUGAUCUACAAACGGCUGUCAUGCUGGCUUGCCUCUUUCACAAAUGCACUUCAACUUCCGGUAAAUUGGGUGAUUUUAUGUCGUCUACUUCGCCAGGUUUUCAAAACUGCAGCAAGUUGCAGCAACUUAAUAGCAACACAUCGCCAUAUCAUACAGUGUUGCCCAUCGAUUAUCAUGCUUCACAUCCAAAGAGUAACGCUGGUCUCACGGUCAAUGUGCAUUUGAAGCAGUUGCGUAGCAACUCUUGGUCCGAUUCGUUGGAUUGGGUCGACUCGAAACAUUGUUACUCCGAUUCGUACUCGUGCUCUUUGAUAAGACGUACUAAAAUGCCGUUAUUCGAUCAUUUCAAAAAGGUGUAUGCAGACAUCUUGUUCGGCUGGCAGUUGCUGACCAAACGGGCGCUGAUUCUUAAGCACACCAUGUACUCACAAAUCCAACCGCACGGCGUUGAGUUCGUCACUGAGUGUACGGGUUGUAAUAAAAUCAAGCGUACACCUUUGUGCACCACCUGUCAGCGUCCUGUGCUCUUCUGCCAGCUCUGCAAUAUGCCUGUGAAGGGUAUGGCCAACGCGUGUCUAGCUUGUGGGCACGGUGGUCAUAUGGUGCACAUGAUGCAGUGGUUUAAGAAACACAGCAUUUGCGCCUCGGGUUGUGGUUGUAAUUGCUUAAAACAGACAGCUGCCUUGUUGGAGCUUAUGAAUUGAUUUGAUACACCUUUUUUUGGAACAAAAUCUACAGACUUGAUGACUAAAACGCCUUUAAAGCGUAUUAUUUAAGAAUAUAAUUUAAAAACGGAUGGACGACUACUUCAUCGCGAGCAUAUUUAGCCAUAAGCAGAAUAUCAUUUGUAUCUUUUCAUUAUUACUUUUUAAAUGGUAGGAUUUUUGUGUAGUUUUUGUAAAUGUCUUGUGCCAUUGUGGCUCUAUUUUAGCACUUUAAACAUGAGCUUUGUGCCUAUUUUGUAUAUUUAAUGCUAAAAUGUAUGACGAUUUAUAACCUAAAAUUUUUAAUAAAUUUAUAAAA